AGUGAGCUGCUUGAGAAAAUUGUUGAGGAAGUUUCAAGAGUAUUAUCGUUGGUCGAGGAGCAUCCAAUGAGAAUAGAGCCACAAGUUCAUGAACCAAAAGUUGAUGAAUGGUUCAAUUAUGAUGUGUUCUUGAGUUUUAGAGGUGAAGACACACGUCAGGGUUUCACUUCUCAUCUUUAUAGGGCUCUAAGACGGUCAGGAAUCCAUGCCUUCAUGGACGAUUCAGGGCUUGAAAGGGGAGAACAGGUCUCUGCCUCAUUAAUGCAAGCAAUUGAAAGAUCAAAAAUUGCGUUGGUAAUAUUUUCUCCAAAGUAUGCUGCUUCCAGGUGGUGUCUGGAUGAACUGGUGAAGAUAAUGGAGUGUCGAAGAAGUCUAAUAAUUGAGGUGGCUAUCCCCAUAUUCUAUGAAGUAGAUCCGUCUGAUGUUCGUCAUCAGAGAGGCAGCUAUGGUAAAGCAAUGAAACGACACGGAAAAAGGUUGGGAAGGGAGAAUGAUGGGGUGAUGCGGUGGAGGGAGGCACUCAAGGAAGCUGCCAACAUUUCCGGCCUUAAAUCUUCAGCAUAUCGGUCUGAAAGUGAGUUGAUUGAGACUAUUGUUGAGGAUGUUUCUAAAAGAGUAGACCAGGGACAAUUAUUUGUUGCUGAGCAUCCAGUGGGAAUAGAAUCACGGAUUCAUAAAUACACAAUUGAAUGGUUAGAAAAGAGAUCUCAAAAACCUCUUAUCAUAGGCCUCUGGGGGAUGGGAGGCAUCGGCAAAACAACUGUUGCCAAAGGCAUCUACAAUACAAUUGGUCGUAAGUUUAAAAGAGCAAGAAGUUUUCUUGCAGAUAUAAGAGAAAAUUCAAAAGAUGCUAAUGGCUUAGUUGGUUUGCAAAAGCAAUUAAUUUCUGAUAUCAUUAAGACAGAUUUUUUUAAGAUACCUAAUAUUGAUAGAGGGAAAAGAAUAAUUCAGGAAAGAUUUCCCACCAUAAAAGUGUUUGUUGUAUUGGAUGAUGUGGAUAGUGUCAAUCAACUGAACACAUUUUGCGGGAGUAUUGACUGGUUUUGUCCUGGGAGUAUAAUAUUCAUAACAACUAGAAAUCUACGUUUGCUUGAUGCUAUUAAUGCUGACCAUAAGUAUCAAGUGACAGAAAUGAGCGGAAUGGAGUCUCUUGUGCUUUUCAGUUGGCAUGCCUUUAAGCAACCACAACCCUCUAAAGACUUUUUAAAAUUUUCUAAAGAGGUAGUUGCCUACUGUGAUGGACUUCCACUGGCUCUUGAAGUCCUUGGUUCUUAUCUCUAUAAGAGAGAAAUUACACAAUGGGAGGUUGCAUUGUCCAAACUACAAAGGAUUCCUAAGGAAGAUGUACACAAAAAGUUAAAAAUAAGUUAUGAUGGAUUGGACGACCAUACAGAAAAGGAUAUUUUCCUUGACAUAUGUUGCUUUUUUAUCAACAAGGACAGCAACUAUGUUACACAGAUAUUAGAUGGUUGUGAACUUCAUGCAAAAAAUGGAUUACAGAUCCUCAUAGAGCGGAGCCUGGUGAAAGUAGGUAGAUAUGAAAAGCUUGAAAUGCAUGCUUUAUUACAAGAAAUGGGAAAAGAAAUCAUCCGUGGAAGCCCACCUAAAGAUCCUGAGAAACGUAGCAGACUAUGGUCUCAAGAAGAUGUGCUUGAUGUGUUAACAAAUCAUGCAGGAACUAAAGCUAUUGAGGGUAUCUCUCUGAUGGUACCAAAAAACCAUAGAGAUCCCAUCGAUUCUAAGGCAUUUAAGAAGAUGAUGAAACUCAGAUUGCUCCAACUAGACUAUGUCAAUCUUAAAGGAGAUUAUAAACAUCUUUCCAAAAAGCUGAAGUGGGUUCGGUGGCAUGGAUUUCCAUCAAAAUACACUCCAAACAACUUUUACCAAGAAAAACUAGUUGCUAUUGACUUCAAAUAUAGCAAUCUCAAAGUAGUUUGGAAAGAGUCCAAGAAGUUGCCAAUGUUGAAGACACUCAAUCUCAGUCAUUCAUCUUCCUUGAUACAAACUCCUGAUUUUACAUAUCUACCAAACCUUGAAAAGCUUAUGAUGAAAGAUUGUAAGAGCUUGAUUUUAAUUCACGAGAGCAUUGGGGAUCUAAAAACUCUCCUUCAUCUUAAUCUAAAAGGUUGCAAGAGUCUCAAAGAUCUUCCUAGAAGCAUCUACAAGUUGAAAUCAUUGAAGAUUUUCAUUAUUUCUGGGUGUUCAUUGAUUGACCAUUUAGAAGAAGAUAUUGAGCAAAUGGAGUCCUUGACGACUCUUAUGGCAGAUAACAUUUCCAUAACACAACUACCCAAGUCAUUAGCAAGAUUGGAAGGGCUUAAGCGUGGAGAUGUAUCUUUCGCUGGUCAUGAAGGAAAAGGGCAAGAUAUAUUUCCUUCUCUCAUAUGGUCUUGGAUGUCACCUCAUGAUUUUCCUCCAUCCCGUAUUGAAGAAUCUGUGCAAGGCGUAUCAUCUAUAGUUGCCUCAAUUGGAUGGAAUAGUGGCUUGCGUGGUCUAUGUCAAUUUCUGGGCGAUCUUGUGAAGCUUCCAGGUACGUGGGAGCAAUGUCGAUCACAGUUUCGAUUUAAUCAGAGAAUGGCAAAACUUUUGGAUGCAUUGUGUGAGAAAAAUUUUAUGGAAUUUAAAUCAACUCAGGAUACACCCGAGAUCUUAAUAAUGGAAGCUUCUGCGUCAUCUAAGGGCCAUGAUGACCAAGUUCACAGUGCAAGGUCAGCAGAUUCCGUCAAUUCUCUUUUACUUCAACUGGGAGAGUGCGACAAAGCAGAGUUGCUAAAAGAGGAAAUUUCACAGGGAUGGAAGUAUGGUGGGUGGGAUGAUUCUCACCUACCUGGUGAUCAGGAUUCUGAUUGGUUCGUCUUCAAGGGUGAAGGCUGCUCCGUAAUUUUGAAGGUGCCACAAGUCAUAGGUUGUCAGUUGAAAGCGGUGCUUCUCAAUGUUGGGUAUUCUUGUAUGGAUGACACAAGGCCUCAAUUUCUCAUAAAUGUUCUAAUCAUUAACCACACAAAGGAUGCGAUUAAACUACUGAAGGGGGACCCAGCAACUUUCCCUGAAGAUGCAGAAUGGCAGAGUAUCAUUUCAAGUUUUCAACUUGGUGAUAUCGUGCAGCUUAUUAUAAGUAUUGGGCCUCAAUUUCAUGUGAAGAAGAUUGCAGCGUACGUGAUUUAUGACGGUUCUAAGCGUCGCAGGGUCAUUAACUGUCAUUAUCCUGCUAAAGCUGAUCCUAACAGUCAUUUCCCUUUCAAAAUCUGUCGUGAUAUGUUCGACAAUGUUGUUGACUUUAUUUCAAUCUUUGUUCUGCAAAAAUUUACACAGGAUACUGAAAGGACAUUCAUUAUUGACAUGUCUGAAGCUAAGCUGAUUGAUACCCGUGUGAAGGAUGUUUUAGAGAAAGUAGAUAUUGGACAAUUGUUUGUUGCUGAGCAUCCAGUGGGAAUAGAGCCUCGAUUUUAG